AUGAAACAGUAUUAUAAAUCAGUAUUUUUUAAUAAACGCUACCUAUACGCUGUGCUUUAAAAAGCGGUCGUUAAAUUUUGAAUUGAAAAAUUCUUCUUAAAAUAAAUAAUCUAAAAUGGAUUGCUUUAGAACUGAGGAAAUGAAGGCAAAAAUGAAAAUGCGAAAAUUACUAAAGGAACUUAAAAAACAAUACAAAAAAGAUAUCAAAUUACUAUUGUUGGGAACUGGCGAGUCAGGAAAAUCGACAUUUACACGUCAAAUGCGUAUUAUUUACGACAAGGGCUUUAGCGAAGAUGAGAGAAAACAUUUCAUCAAAUUGAUACAUGAAAAUAUUUUCCAAGCUAUACAAAAUAUGGUAACAGCCAUGGAAACCUUAAACAUUAAAUAUGAGAAAAGUGAAAAUGCCACGAAGUUUAUUACGCUCAUUUCUUAUGUAAAUCCUGGAACUAAUACCUAUUUAGAAGAUCCCUAUUUGACGGCAAUCAAAGAACUUUGGAACGACAAGGGCAUACAGGAAUGUUAUAUGCGACGUAAUGAAUACCAACUAAACGAUUCGGCUAAAUACUAUUUAGAUGAUAUUGAUCGCAUUGCUUUGCCAGACUAUUUACCCACAGAACAGGAUAUUUUAAGAGUUCGUAUAGCAACGACUGGUCUAAUACAGCACGUAUUUAAGGUGAGCAAUGUAACAUUUCGACUGAUAGACGUGGGUGGCCAACGAUCGGAGAGAAGAAAAUGGAUUCAUUGCUUUGAUGAUGUUAAAGCUAUAAUAUUCUUAGUUGCGAUUUCGGAAUAUGAUCAGGUUUUAAAGGAGAACGAAGAACGUAAUCGACUAAAAGAAUCCAAAUCGAUUUUCGAAUCAAUUUCGAAAUUUUUCCAAAACACACCGAUUAUAAUGUUUUUAAAUAAAACCGAUCUACUGGAUGAGAAAAUUAAGCGCUCACAUUUGGAUGAAUAUUUUCCGGACUUUAAGGGAAAACGUGGCAAUAGCAAAGAUGCUCGUGAAUUUAUAUUGAAUAUGUUUCUAAAAAUUCGUCCCUUAAUGUACUCACACUUCACCUGUGCUACAGAUACGGAGAAUAUUAGAGUGGUAUUCACCGCAGUAAAAGACAUCAUUUUAACAACGAAUUUAAAUAAUUUUGGACUUGUUUAAAACAAAAUAUUGAUUACAUUUAUUUGUUCUCAAAUGUAAAAUUUAUUUUCAAUUAAUUAUAUAUUAUAUGUGUUUAGAAAUAAAACUAUACAUUUAAAAUUAAUUAAAGUGCCUGUGGCAGUAAUAUAAUGAGGUAUA